AUGAAAUUUACAGAGGAGCUUAGAUCAAGUGUGUUAAAAGGAUUAACAGGAAAAUCUAUAAAAAAUCUAGUUAUUAUAGGAAUAGGUGGUUCUUAUCUUUCAAUUGAAUUUGUUUAUGAAGCCCUUCGUUCUCAUCCAGAAGCUUAAAAAAGAUCAAAUGGAAGAAAACUUAGAUUCCUAGCAAAUGUUGAUCCUAUAGAUUUUGCAAGAGCAAUAGAAGAUUUAAAUCCUGAGGAAACAAUGUUCGUUAUAAACUCAAAAACAUUCACUACUGCAGAAACAAUGUUAAAUGCCAGAACAUGUAGAAAUUGGUUAGUUGAACAUCACAUAAAAUUAGAAGAAGAAAUAAAAAAUCUUGUAAAUCAUCAUAUGUGUGCUGCAUCUACAAAUCUUACUGACACAUUUAAAUUCGGAAUAGGUUCUGAUAAAGUUUUCGGAUUUUGGGAUUGGGUAGGAGGUAGAUAUUCAGUAUGGAGUGCAAUUGGAAUGCUACCUUUAUCAUUUGUUUUCGGUUUUGAUUAUAUGGAAAGUUUUUUAAAAGGAGCUCAUAAUAUUGAUGAGAAUUUUUCUUAAGUAAAAAAUGUAAAAGGAAAUUUAUCUUUACUUCUUGGAAUGGUAGGAUUUUAUAAUACUACGAUUAAAGAUUUUAAUUCGAGAGCUAUUUUACCUUAUUGUUAGGCUUUGUGUAAAUUUGUUCCCCAUGUAUAAUAAUUGGAUAUGGAAUCAAAUGGAAAAAGAGUGAAUUUGAAAGGAGAAAAUUUAGAUUAUUAAACCACUGUAGUUAAUUUUGGAGAACCUGGAACAAAUGGACAACAUAGUUUUUAUUAAUUAUUACAUUAAGGUAGAACUAUUCCUUGUGAAUUUAUUGGCUUUUGCAAAUCUUAGAAUCCUAUUUAACUUUAAGGUGAAUCAGUAAGUAAUCAUGAAGAACUUAUGAGCAAUUUCUUUUCUUAACCUGAUGCAUUAGCUUGUGGAAAGAUAUUAGAUGAAUUAAAAGAUGAAAAAGUGCACGAAGAACUUUUAGGUCAUAAAUUGUUCCCAGGAGAUAAGCCUUCACUAUCUUUAUUAUUUACAGAAUUAAAUCCUUAUACUUGUGGAUAAUUAUUAGCUUUAUACGAACAUAGAACAGCAGUUGAAGGAUUUUUAUGGGAUAUAAAUAGUUUUGAUUAAUGGGGUGUAGAGUUAGGAAAAGUAUUAGCAAAAUAAGUAAGAAACCUUUUCUAAAAUAAUAAAGGGAGAACACAUGAUAUCAAUUAUACAGGAACUAAUUUAAAUUCUGCAACAAGACAUUUAUUAGAUCUGUUUUUCUUAAAAUAAUAAUGA